GGAAGAAAUAAUGUUUUUGUAAGCAAUGCUGGAAGAAAUAAUGUUUUUCUAAGCAAUGCUGGAAGGAAUAAUGUUUUUCUAAGCAAUGCUGGAAGGAAUAAUGUUUUUCUAAGCAAUGCUGGAAGGAAUAAUGUUUUUCUAAGCAAUGAAGGAAGAAAUAAUGUUUUUCUAAGCAAUGCUGGAAGAAUAAUAAAUAAUGUUUUUCAUGGCAAUGCUGGAAGAAAUAAUGUUUUUCUAAGCAAUGCUGGAAGAAAUAAUGUUUUUCUAAGCAAUGCUGGAAGAAAUAAUGUUUUUCUAAGCAAUGCUGGAAGAAAUAAUGUUUUUCUAAGCAAUGCUGGAAGAAAUAAUGUUUUUCUAAGCAAUGCUGGAAGAAAUAAUGUUUUUCUAAGCAAUGCUGGAAGGAAUAAUGUUUUUCUAAGCAAUGAAGAAAUAAUGUUUUUCUAA